UUACGUGGUCGUCGAACUUUGAACGCGGCGAGUGCGACACGUUUGUUUAUUUUUUGUUAUUAAAUUUUUAUUAAGUGUUUUUAAACUAAAUGUUCAUCAUUUCAUAAAAUCCUAUAACUAUGUCGCUUACUAGUAAAUUAGUGCUGACGACUUCUUUUAUUAUUGUGUUAACAGCUGUGUAUUUCCAAGAUCGCAUUGGCCCACUUUACGAAAAUAUAAAAAGUUUUACUGAAGUAAAAGUGGCGAAACCUGCCAAUAGUGAAUUAUACAGUGCUGAACAACUGGCGCAAUAUAACGGAAUCGAUAAUGAGGCAUUAUAUUUAGCAAUAUUAGGCGUUAUAUUCGAUGUAUCCAAGGGUAGUCAACACUAUUCGAAGGGAUCGUCGUAUCAUUAUUUUGUCGGUAAAGAUGGCUCAAGAUCCCUGAUCACUGGGAACUUCUCCGACACCAGUGCAGACCGGGACCAUGUUCUGGACCUCACUUGUGAUGACAUUUUCGUCCUCAUGAAUUGGAGGGAUACAUUCAAGCAAAAGUACACAAGAAAAGGCAAACUCAUAGGAAGGUAUUAUGAUGAUGCCGGUGAGCCAACACCUUACAUGAAAGAGGUCAAGAGUAAGAUAAAAAAUUGCAAGCUGGCAAAGCAAGAGGCCGAAGAGAAAAGGCAGAAUUACCCUCCUUGUAACAUGGAGUGGAGUGUCAGUGAUGGCACUAAAGUGUGGUGCACUAAGAACAGUGGUGGUAUAACCAGAGAGUGGACAGGUGUGCCACGCCAGCUGUUCACACCGGGAGAAGACAAGCCGCAGUGCGUCUGUGUGGACACUUCAAAGGACCACUCAGCAGCACUUCUCAAAGAAUAUGACAACUGCCAACCCACAUCUACCACUUGUAUUGCACCUAGUAGUCCAUAAACAUCACCUACUUGUAGAUUGUUAUAUGUUAAGUUUAAAGCAAUAUUUUCCUUUUUGUAUAUUUUGUAUAAAUAAAAAUCACAUCUAUUGUA